CAACGUUUUAAUCUAUUAGCAGAUAUAAAGUCUCUAGAGCCUCCUAGUGUGCGCCGCUAAUUGUCACAUUUUCCGGCGACUAGUCGGCGUUACAAUCGCAACCCCAAGAAGUUAAAGAAUAUGCCUAUUAAAUGGGUUUUCAAUUGGCAGCCCAAUGCAGGAUCAACCGUGAACAGCCAAAUUCUAAACGAAGUUUCACAAUGCGUCGAGAGCAUGAGUGGCGUCAAAGAAGGUCGUUGGAAAGCUACUCUCACUUUUUAUAAACCAAUGUUACGAGAUCAAUCGUUAGCUGCCGAGUUCCCGCGUGAAUUCAUUGGGAUUUCGUUUCCAGAACAACCAAACAAGUACUAUUUCAUACUUCGAGCUAAUAAGAUCGUUCUUAAAGCGGAUUCUUCAAUUCAAUUGAUAAUGGAGAAAUUGCAGUCUUAUAAAUCCAGGGUCGCACUUAAUUUCGAGGGGUUUCAAUACCAACUAGGUGACUUUCAAUUGAGAGUAGGCAAAGUUGUACCAACGCAUUCUGAAAAUUUGAGAGGAAUAGUAAUGGAGGUGGAGUAUCUUCCUAUUUCUUCGCUGGAGAAAUCCAAACUAAUCAUGGAGGAGUUUGUUGAUAUUUGGCAAGAUGCUGUCUCGAAGCGAUCAUUGCUGGGACAGUUCAUGCAUAUAGAACCGAACUUCUCAGAGUAUGGACUUGCAGACCACUAUACUUCACAACACACGGCCGUCCAGUACACUCAUGUUAUGGGUCAACUAAUCGCAACGGUGCAAGCAGUACAAUCCGGAAGAAAUUAGGAUAUUGAUUGUCCGUCAAGGCCGUAGUGAUGCGGAGAGAGUUUAAGAUGAUCAAAUGUAUGCAUACUUGUAAGACUGUUGGCUUCAACCCGUGCUUUCUUCUGAACCUAAUUAAUUGCUCUUCAGUUUGUAGAAGAUGUAGAAAGGAAGAAAUUAAACUAAAUGGAAGAAGAGAAUGGCU